AUGGCUCAAACCACGACCGACAACCUCCACCGCAAAGUCGAAUUACAGUCCUACGCAGACUUGACAUAUCUACAGCAGAACCUAGCAAAAGCAGCACGCGAGAAGCUGGACCUGCAUUUCCCUCCUCAACAUAGCGCGCGACAAGCAGCACCAGCAGACGUGAUCACGCUUGGAGGAGCCCCAGCAGAACCAGAAGCGCAACCAGGAGAAGACAAGGAGAACGAGCACGAAGAAGCCAACGAGGAUCCUCUACGCAAGCACGUCCGCCAUCUAGUCGAUUCCUUCCUUCAAGAAACCUUCAGCUCUGCAGCGCAUAGCAUCUCCAUUAACGGCAUCGAUGCCUCCUCACUCCCACAUUCACAGGUCCCAACGUGCUCGAAUCCAAGCUUCUCUCCGGACGAAGCGAUCUCGAAGCCACUAGAUUCCAGCGAGGAAAUAGAAGGAAUACACUACACAUAUGGCACAUUCGAUUCGAAGGCCGCCAAGCGAGUCCAGACACUAUACGCUGAACUCGAAACGCUCACGACGCAAGUCUCGAAACUGCGACGUGAAGCACCUAAAGCUUCGGCCGAUGCCUAUGCUGCACAACUCGAGGCAGCGGUAUUGGCCGACGACGAAAAUUGGAUUGCUGAGCAAGCACGUUUACAGAAAGAGAGUCAUCAAAGACUGGAGCUGGAUCCGUUACGAGAUGGCUGGAAUGAGGACGUGAAGGAUGUCUAUACACGUGGUGUGCAUGGGCUGGCUGUGCUCAGUGGUCUCUCACACGGCGAGGAGGGCAGUGGCCGGGAUAUGGUCAGUCUUACUGAGACGUUGGGCAAAGUGCAGAGAGCUAGAGGCGUGGCUAUGGAAUUUGAGUAA